AUCUCAAUAUAUUCAUUACAAAAGUCGGGCAGAAGUAGACAGCAAAAAAUGAAUCUUGUUUUUGUUUUCAUCAAUAUUAAUAAAAACUGAAUAUCCACUAAAGCUAAUAGAGAAUUCUUUAUUUUAGAAAAAUGCAAGCUGAGCAACUUAAUCCAGUAUUAGUUGUUUGGAAAGUUGAUUUUAACCGCCAACCAAAGUAUUCAAAUUGCACCGUUUGUCAGAAUGGUUUUAAAAGUGUCAGGGAUCUAGAAAAGCACUUGAAGACGCAUUCUCCGAUUGUCACCUAUCCGUGUCAGAUUUGCGGGAAAGUUUUCAAAACUAAGUCUUCUCACCGGAAACAUCAAAUUGUUCACUCUGAUAAAAAACCGUUCCAAUGUGAAGUUUGUCAGAAAGCUUUUAAAUUAAGAAUUGUACUCCUAAACCAUAUGAAGGUUCAUUCUGACGAACGACCUUACCCAUGUGAUGUGUGCGAGAAAAGUUUUAGAGUUGCUGGCAGACUUCGCUGGCAUAAACGAAUCCAUGAAAAGGAGACGCCUUACGCCUGUCACAUUUGCGGCAAGGAGCUGGUUUCAAAGGAGAGUUUAAAAAGUCAUUCCCAAAUUCACAACACCGAAGCAAAACCAAAUUUUCAGUGUGAUGUUUGCGGAAAAAAAUUAUCUACUAAAAUAGUUCUCAAAAGACAUCUUUUAAUUCAUGCCAAUUUGAGAGAUUUCGAAUGUGAUGUUUGCAAAAAAAGAUUUAACGAUCGAAGUACUCUUCGAAAUCAUUGUCAAUCACAUUCAAAAGAGAAGGAAUUUGCUUGUCAGUUGUGUGGUAAGAAGUAUAAUCAUAAAGGCUGUCUUCGCUAUCAUUUUAUGACCCACACAAAAGAAAAGCCACACGUGUGUGACGUGUGCGGUAAAGGUUUCCCAGUGCGAACACACCUUUUAUCUCAUGUUAAAAUCCAUUCCCCCGACAGGCCAUUCGUUUGUGAAAUAUGCGGAAAAAGUAGUAAAUUGAGAUGCAAUCUUACGAAACACAUGCGACUGCACGGAAAUGUGAUCAUCUUCGAUUGCAACGUUUGUAGUGAAAAAUUCAUCUCGAAAAAGUCCUUGAAAAUACAUUAUAAUAUUCGUAAAGAGGCAAAUGUAGCGUGUUUUGAAUGCGAAAUUUGUUCGUCAAAAUUCCUUACGGAAGAAUCGCUUCAAAAACAUUCUGCCAUCCACAAAAUGAAAAAUGCUGCUCAAAUUUUUGAUCAGAAUUUUGUUUUGAAAAAUGGUGAAAGUUUAAUUGAAUGUAGCUUUAUAAAAUUUCAGGUUUCUGCUAAGUAACUAUAUGUGUAUUUUAAAGUUACUAUCACACAGUUUUUUUUAUUAUAAAAAAUUAUUGCUUAGCAGGGUUGGCAUGAUUUAAAUCACUUUAUUUUAAUCAUAAUCACUUGACUCUAGUUAAAAAUACAUUGAUUUAAAUCAAAUAUGAUUUUUUUAAAAUCAUUGAUUUAAAUAAAUUUAACUUGUUUUAAAAAAUUGAAAUCUGGAAAAAAAAGCUAGUUUAGAAUAUUUUUUGUACAAUAUAAUUAAUAAAUAUGCAUAUUCUCUAAGGGAUGAUUUUUUUAGUCUUUUUUUUUUUUCAUUGAUAAUAAGAGUUUUUAAAAAUUAAUAAUGAGAGGGAGAUGUAUGGAAAAUAUUUUAUUUCAAAAUAGACUAUUUAAUAAAAACUAAAAGUGGCAUGAAUUUUUUCCACUCAUCAUAUUUUCUCACGCCCUAGUGGCUGUGCUUAAAUUGCCCCUCUAUCUUUAAAAUUCUUUUUUUGGUCUGAACAAAAAUAACCAUAAUUUUAUUUAUUCAGCGACUAGUUAAUAAUUUCUGUGAGAAAUAUUAAUCAUUUUAGCAUAUUGUUUCAUAGAUACAUAUUAAUUUUUAGCUAUUUUUUUUAAAAAAAAAGAUAUAAUUAAAAAAUAGAUUUCAAUCAAAAAAUUUGAAUAUUUUUUUAAAAUCAUAAUUUUUGCCGACCCUGUUUAGUAUCAGAGUUACCGCGUAUUCACAUAUAUUAGACUAAAAUUUUUCUGUUAUUAUGUGUCACAGUAUAACUUUGUUGACAAACAAGUUUAUAUUUAUGUUGCAUAAAAGCAAUCUUAUUAACACUAUUCAAAAAUGAAUUAAAAAAGAAAAAGAUUUUCUGUAAAACACUGAGGCAGUAUUCGUGUAUUUCAAACAUUCUUCAAGCCUGCACUUUAUGUGAUAUGAUUUUUAAUAAUUUUUUAAGUGUUUUUAUCUUUCAUAACUAAUUAUUGGUUUUAAUUCUUAAGAUUCUUGUUGAUUAAUAAUAAAUAUACAUGCAUAUAAACUAAGGUACUCAUCCCUUUUGCCAAUGCAAGUAAAUUCAGCCAAUAUAUUUAUUUAUUCAA